AUAUACAUAUAUUAUAUUUUUAAAUUAUUUUUUGCAUAAACUUUACAAAUUUCAUUCUCUAUUAUUAUGGAUAUUUCAACUAAUUCAGUUUACAAUAAUUACGUAGACAACAAUAUGGUAUCAAAUCAAAACAAAUCACUCCGUGUAAAUCAAAAUGUAAAUACAUGUACAACUACAAAUUAUGAAGAAGCAUACCGUCGAUCUUUAGAAGACCCUGAAGGUUUUUGGGCUGAAGUUGGCACCGUAGUCGAUUGGUAUAAGCCCUGGGAUAAAGUUUUAGACAAUAGUGCUCAACCUCUGACUGAUUGGUUUGUCGGAGGACAAAUAAAUGCGUGUUACAAUGCAGUCGAUCGUCAUAUUAAGGCAGGUAAAGGUAAAAAAGUUGCCUUAAUCCAUGAUAGCCCUGUGACUAAAUCUGUGACAAAAAUUACGUAUGAAGAUCUAUAUGAAAAAGUAUCAUUGUUAGCGGGUGCUUUGGUAAAUCUAGGUGUCGUUAAAGGUGAUCGUAUUUUGAUUUAUAUGCCUCUUAUACCUGAAGCUAUAAUUUCAAUGUUAGCUGUGGUUCGAAUUGGAGCCGUUCAUUCUGUAGUUUUUGGAGGUUUUGCAGCUCGUGAACUUUGUGCGCGUAUCAAUCAUGCUACGCCUAAGGUUAUAAUAGCUGCAAAUUGUGGAAUUGAACCGAACAAAAUAGUAAGGUACAAAGAUAUUUUAAAUACUGCUCUAGACCGGGUGACAGAAAAACCAAAACAUUGUAUUAUAUACCAAAGACUAAACAUGGAACCUUCUCCAUUAACUCCAGGGAUUGAUAUACUUUGGUCAGAUGCAUUGUCAACAGCUAAACAUCAUCAAUGUGUGCCCGUGGAAGCAAAUCAUCCUCUUUAUAUACUAUAUACAUCUGGUACCACGGAUAAACCAAAAGGAAUCGUUAGACCAACUGGAGGACAUAUUGCUACAUUAUGUUGGACAAUGAGCUGCAUUUAUGGUAUGACAGAAGAUGAUGUUUGGUGGACUGCUUCUGACAUGGGUUGGGUAGUAGGACAUUCGUACAUAUGUUAUGGCCCACUUUGCGCUGGAAUCACAUCAGUUAUGUAUGAAGGUAAACCAGAUAGGACACCUGAUCCUGGACAAUAUUUUAGAGUUAUCCAAGACCAUAAAGUGAAUGGACUGUUUACGGCACCGACUGCUUUAAGGGUCAUCAAAAGAGAAGAUCCAGUUUUGGAAUUUGGUAGUAAAUACAACACUAAAUCGCUAAGAACUUUAUUUGUAGCUGGAGAACAUUGUGAUCAUGAAACAUUGACUUGGGCUGGAAAAGCUCUGAAUGUACCUGUUUUGAAUCACUGGUGGCAAACUGAAACUGGUCAUUCAAUUACAGCUAGUUGUCUGGGAUUUGGACAUAAUCUAAAACCUCCUAUGUUUUCUGCUGGAAUGCCGUUCCCUGGAUAUGAUGUGAGAAUUUUAAAAGAAGACGGUAGCCCGUGUCAGUUAUUGGAAUUGGGUCGAAUUGUGGUCAAACUUCCAUUACCGCCAGGAGUCAUGACAUGCUUGUACAAAGCUCCAGAACGAUUUAUUAAUACAUAUUUCAAUAACUUCAUUGGUUAUUAUGAUACAAUGGAUGCUGGCUACACCGAUGAAAAUGGUUAUAUUUACGUUACAGCCAGAGAUGACGAUGUUAUUAAUGUAGCUGGACAUCGGUUGUCAACUUCUGCAUUAGAAGACGUAAUCUUAUCUCAUCCAGACGUUGGCGAUGCAGCUGUAUUUGGCGUCCCAGAGACUACGAAAGGAGAAAUACCUUUAUGUCUUUAUAUUAAAAAUAAAAAUUGCAGUAGAGAAGAAGAAGAUAUUAAUAAUGAAAUCGUACAAAAUGUUCGAGAUUUAAUUGGACCAAUUGCGUCGUUUCAUUUAUGUGCACCUGUGCAAGGCUUACCAAGAACGCGAUCAGGAAAAACGGCUAGGAAAUCAUUAUCAAAUUUAGCUAGUGGAAAAAAAGUGAUUAUAUCAGGUACGAUAGAAGAUCCUUCAGUUUAUAUGGGCAUCAAACAGGUGUUACAAAAACUUGGUUAUGCUAAAAAUGCUCCAGACCCUGAAAUUGAAAAAUAACAAAGCAUUUUUAACAAAUAUGUGAAAUUUAAUUUAUUUUUUAACUUAAAUUUUUACUUGAUUUUUUGAUAGUAGGUACAGUGACAUGUUCUUAAAAUGUGUUAAAAAAUAAACUAUAUAAAUAAAGUCAACA